AUGCAAGUUCAGCAGACGAUCCGCGGUGCUCGUCUGGGCGGGCCGAAGCCCGCUGCGCCGAGGGCGGUGUGCAGCAGCGGACGCCUGGCUCGCAGGGGCAUGCCGGUUGUGAGGGCCGUUGCUGCGCCGGAGCGGCCGUCAACGCUGAACGUCGCUGGUCAGGAUGUGGGGCCAAAGGACGCGCCGCUGCCGUCCCUGUUCCCAACGGCGCCGCCGCCGCCCGCCCCGGGUGCCCCCAAGCUGCGUGUUGCGAUCCUGGGUGGCGGGCUGGCGGGCCUGUCCACUGCCGUGGAGCUCCUGGACCAGGGUCACGAGGUGGACAUCUACGAGGGCCGCCAGUGGGUGGGCGGCAAGGUGGCCUCCUUCAAGGACAAGGACGGGAACCACAUCGAGAUGGGCCUGCACGUGUUUUUCGGCUGCUACUUCAACUUGUUCCGCCUUAUGGCCAAGUGCGGGGUGCUGGAGAACCUGCUGCUCAAGGAUCACACCCACACGUUCUGCAACCUGGACGGGGACGUGCGGGAGCUGGACUUCCGCUUCUUUGUAAACGACACAAAGAUCGGGGCCCCCUUCCACGGCCUGAAGGCGUUCUUCACCACCCCCCAGCUGGAGCCCAUUGACAAGGUCGCCAACAGCCUGGCGCUGGGCACGUCGCCGGUGGUGCGGGCGCUGUUCGACCCCGAGGGGGCGAUGCAGGACAUCCGGGCGCUCGACAACAUCUCGUUCACCGACUGGUUCAAGUCCCACGGCGGCAGCGACGCGUCCAUCAAGCGCAUGUGGGACCCCAUCGCCUACGCCCUGGGGUUCCUGGACUGCAACGACAUCAGCGCGCGCUGCAUGCUCACCAUCUUCCAGUUCUUCGCCACCAAGACCGACGCCUCGGUCCUGCGCAUGCUCAGCGGCAGCCCAGCGGUCGCGGUGCCAGGCCUUUGA